UACUGAAUACAGGAAAAGCUCAUUUCGUUCAUCCGGAAAAAAGCUCCUUUCUCGUCUUCUCAGGUAAAAGCCAGACCAAACACUCUUCUCUUCAAAGAUGGAAUAUCAAUCAGAAUCUCCUCCAUUCUGGGCGGCGACUGCCCCCGAUCUCCGACGCAAUCACCACCGUUCAUCUUCUCUCUUCCUCAAGCCAUGGUUCGUCUUUGUGGUCACUCCAAUCCUCGGAAUAUUCCUACUCCUUGUAAUCCCCUCUUUCUUCUCUUUCUUGGGAGGAGUCUUCCGACCCAAUCACGUGAAGAAGAGCUGGGAUACUCUCAAUCUCUUCCUCGUUGCUUUCGCCAUCAUAUGUGGAAUCCUCAGCCGAGGUGGUGGCGAUACCGUCGAUAACAGCAGCAGCGACACCAUCAAACACUCUGAGAAAAGUGGGUCAGACGAUAAUCACGACCGUCAGAUCCCAAAAUGGCUGAACCAGUAUACUACUGACCCGAUGCAGUCACAUCUAGUUGAAGAGACUGCUUCUCCAUCAACGAACUUCCGUCGGAUGCGUAGCAGUAGUUCUUACCCAGAUCUGAGGCGGGAGUCAUGGGUAUCUGGCGACAGAUCUCAGUUCUCUGAUGAUAUCGAUCUUAAGAGCCGGCAGAAGCUAGAUAAUCACCGUCGCCGUCGACGGAGAUCCUAUGGAGAAAAAGAUCUGGAUGAAUCGGCUUUUAAGACGAUCCGUGUUGAUACAUUUGAAAAGAUUAGUACAUCAUCGCCAUCGAUACCACAAGCAUCGACAUCAUCAUCUCGGUCUCCUCCGCCGGUCGUUAGACAGAAAGCGAGACGGACAUUCCAAACGAUUCCACCGAAAGAAGAGAAAGAAGAGAAAGUGGAUCUUGAAAUUAAGAAAAGCCAACAAGCACAACCACCACCACCGCCGACACCACCGCCGCCGCCGCCGCCGACACCACCACCACCACCACCACUGCUGCAUCAAUCGGAGCAGAAGAAAAGCAGCAGAAGCAAUAAGAAGACUAGCGUGGGAGGAGGUGCUAAAGACAUCAAAAGCGCAUUGGCUUUCCUCUACCAUCAAAGGAAUAGGAAGAAAUACAAGAACAGGAAUAAUUACGAUACUGACCUUCCUUCGCCUCCUUCUUCCCACCUGCCACCAUCAACGGCACCACCUCCGCCACCACCUCCACCUCCCCCAGCUUCUGUUUUCCACCAGCUCUUCUCUUCUAAGAAAACCAACAAAAACAAGAGAAUCCAUUCAAUCUCAGCUCCUCCGCCGCCGCCGCCGCCUCCGCCUCCGAAAAAGCUGAGGGCUCGUAUAGUGCCGACACCGACAAGCAACAAUCUCUACAAUAGAGAAGAGAAUUUGAGCAGCGGAGGUGCAUCUCCUUUGAUCCCAAUGCCGCCGCCGCCUCCGGCUCGUCCGGCACCAAUGCCAACUAACGACAUCCUCUACCAUGGAGGAGAGAAUUUGAGCAGUGGGAGUAGAUCUCCUUUGAUCCCUAUGCCACCGCCUCCACCUCCUUUCAGAAUGCAGGCAUUGAAGUUUAAGGUUCGUGGGGACUUUGUUCGGGUGCAGAGUGGCCUGAGCGAUUCGUCGGAUUCGUCGGAGUUUAUUGAGAUCGCUACUGAUGAAUCAAAUGCCAAUGUGAGCAAUGCAACAGUUUUUUGUCCCAGCCCAGAUGUUAAUUUGAAGGCAGAUACUUUCAUUGCGCGAUUCCGGGCAGGAUUGAAGCUGGAGAAGAUGAAUUCCAUUAGAGAGAAGGAGAAGAGGGGUUGGAGCACAUUACGAGACGCCAUUCAACCAGGGCCAAGCUUGUAAUUAGUGCGUUUGGGUGCUCCAAAUAUCAUGAUAUUUGGAGCAACCAAACACACCCCUAAUUAAAUAUAAGAAGAUGAAAGAGAAAUUACUAUAGUUGGGUGGUUUGUUGAUGGGCUU